AUGAGAUUCGCCGGCUGCUACGGUGAUAACCCCCCGCUUGAAGACCUGAUAAUUCCUGUUCCUUCGGUCGCCUGUGACGAGCGCGAUGUGCCCAUCCGGUCGAUGGAGCACGAAGGAGACCAUGCCUUCAAACCACGCGCGGGAGCCGGGCGAUUUGCUGAGUUGGUUGCUUCACAGUUCGAUUCUUCUCCAGCUCAGAAGCACGAUACCCGGUGGGCUGGAUCGUGGACGGAGGCGGCCAAGAAUGCGUCUGAAGCCAUCAAGGCAGGGUUUAUUUCUACGACUCAGUCUCGGAAUGAUUACAGCCAGAAAAGAGGCUUCAGAAAUAGCCCUUAUCCUCGAUAA